CCUGUCUCAUUUCGCGGUUGCAAAUACACGCGCGGAACACGCCGCGCGUGUUCCGCGCGUGUUGCGACCCCUCGAACUUUGCUUAUGAUGUUCUCGAGCGAGCUUUUAGUAACUUACCGCAUUCAUACUUUGUCCUCAGACCAAUUCAAUAAUCCGCCCCUCAACCUGCUCAACUUUUACCUAUUUGCAAUCUCCUUGGGCCCUAUUUCUUCUUUUACUCAACAUUAUACAGUGGGCUAAGGUGCUAUCUCAUCUAUCGCAUACACAGCUUCACCGCCCCGCACUCCACCAGCGUCCCUCAAUCCCCGCAAGAAGAUGGAAUCCUCGAGAUAUGCCGACCAUCAACCAGAACCAGCGCCACCUGCUACUUCUUCCCCUUUAGAACCCGAGACAAGCUCCAUCCCUGCAUUCGAAGUCGCCGGUACCGAUGAAGAUGCUUUCGCACAGACGCGACAAGCUGAGGACCUUUUCUUUGACGACUUCACUCCAGUCGAAGAAACAAUUGUUAUACCCGCUCGCCCAGCAGAAACAACUGAGCCCAGGAAUGAGAAUAGCCGGGAAGCUCAUGGUCAGAAUGAGCGAAGAGGUGGGCGAGGUCGAGGGAUUCGACCAAGGCCAUCUAACAUUGAACCAAAGCCGGAAGGAGAAACAGAAGGCAGCAACCAGCCCGGAAAAGAUAAACCGAAGGAAUCAGGUGCCGUGAGGGGCGAUCGCAGUGGCACUGGCGGGGUUAGGAAGCCUAAAUUGACAGAAGACGAGCUCUCGGCACGCCUCGAAAGCAUCAAGCUGAAGAACAAGGAACUAGAAGAAGCGCAUCGGCGCGCUGAAGCAGACGAAGCCUCAUUCCGACAACGAGAAAAGCUCGCUCAAGCUAAGGUUCGAGAGGAGCGGCAGAACCGCCAAGCGCUUGAAGGCGAACGUGAAAGAAAUCGUCAGAGAAAGCUCAAAGCGCUGCAAGGACGAGAAUGGGACGCGGAGAAAAACGAAGAGGACUAUAAUCAAGACAGGUCUCGUGGCUCGCAAUUUCGGCGUGGCGCCUACGGCGGCGUCGCAUACGACGGCGCCCGGCCAGGCUAUGGUGCGAACGACGGGCAAUACGACGGUGACAGCUACGCUCCUCGCGGAGGACGAGAUAGGGGAAAUUUCAGAGGUGGCAGAGGUAGAGGAGGAGGGCGUGGUGGUGGCGGACAUAGAGAAUCAUCUGCGCCAAAUCAUUCAGAGAAGCAACAACAACCACAGAAACCCCCUACCGCGGAUGAUUUUCCCGCACUACCAGGUGGAUCCUCAGAGAAAAUUGCAGAGGAAAAAACAAGCGAUAAGGAUAACGUCUCUUCACAAGCCCCUGAAACGGCGCCGUCAUCCAUUCAGAUGCCAGAAUCGACCGACGCCAAAGGAACUUGGGCCGAGCAAGUGGAGGCUGGUAUGCCUAUUACUCCUGCGGCUACAUAGGACCUCCGUAUCUCAUGCACUUGGACGAUACGACAGGAACUUGUCUUGUUGCUUGAGCUUCUGCUCUUCCUUUUGCCCUUUUUUUUAUUCUCCUUAUUCCCCAGCAACGAUUGUGAAAAGCGCGAAAGACGAAAUAAUAAACACUGGCUUAUUCCCCUUUUUCUCUUCGACUUCUUGGAGUUGAUAGGCAGGAUUAAAUAAAAGACAGGAUAACGAAUUGGAAUUGAAUAAUGCAAGACGGCCAUUACGC